AUGGCGCUGGUGACGCACCAGGGCCAGUGCCACUGCGGAGCCGUGCGCUUCGAGUUCGAUGCAGAGCCAGACUUGCUUGCCUGGGACUGCGACUGUGACAUCUGUGCCAUGAAGCGCAACACCCACACCAUCGUGCCGGCAGCCCGCUUCCGCCUGCUGCAGGGCCAGGACAGCCUCAGCUGCUACCAGUUCAACACCCGAACAGCGCAGCACCUGUUCUGCACAACCUGCGGCAUCUGCCCCUUCUACCGCCCCCGCAGCAACCCCGACGGCUAUGCGGUCACCAUUCACUGCAUCACCUCCCCCACGGUCGCCUCCACCCGAAUACGGCAGAUCAAGGGCAGCGAGUGGGAGGCGGCGGUGGAGGCCAGCGGCAUACGGCAGCUCAGCAAGGAGGGGCGGUGA